AUGUCCAUUCGGAUACUUCCGUCUGAAAACGGCAACAGUGGAUUACUUUUCGUGGGAUUUAACCAAGACUAUGGCAAGUUGACUUGCAGAUGCUUUGCCGUUGGAAUGCAAAAUGGCUUCCGAAUUUAUAAUACGGAUCCUCUCAAGCAGUUAGAACGCUGUGACUUUAGUGUCCGGGACGGUACUGGCGUGGGUUACAUUGAGAUGCUUUUUCGCACAAGUUUUCUGGGUCUUCUCGGAGGUGGACACCAAGCCAGAAUGCCUCCCAAUACGGCCUGCCUAUGGGAUGGCGUUGAACAGAAGUUCGUUUUGGAAUUAUCCUAUGGGAGCGACGUCCGAGCUGUGCGUCUGAGACGGGAUCGGCAAGUUACAGCAUACGUUUCUUGA